CUUGACAGUGCAGAGCGCACAUGCAUCUUGCCACGAUGUGGAUCCUAUACAUGAUAUACGAAUCGAAUCAUUAACCCAACCAGAACUUGUUGCGCUGCUAGUCUGCUACUGCCUCCUGAUCGAUGUGGUGGUUCUAUCGGAAAGGCCCAUCGGGCUUCGCCGGCGCCUCCACGGCCGAAGAGGUCACCGCCGGCACCGACGGUCGAGGCUUGGUCGCCGUCAUCACAGGUGCGUCGAGCGGCAUCGGACGGGAGACGGCGCGCGUCCUGGCGCUGCGCGGCGUGCGCGUCGUCAUGGCGGUCCGCGACGUCUCCGCGGGGAUCAGGGCCAAGGAGGCCAUCCAGGCCGAGAUCCCCGGCGGGGCGGAGGUGGACGUGCUGCAGCUGGACCUCAGCUCCAUGGCUUCGGUGAGGAGAUUCGCCGACGAUUUCGGCUCUCUGAACCUGCCCCUCAACAUCCUCAUAAACAACGCUGGGGUCAUGACGAGGGACUGCACGCGUUCCUGCGACGGCCUGGAGCUGCACUUUGCGACGAAUCACAUCGGGCAUUUCCUUCUCACAAACCUCUUGCUGGAGAACAUGAAGAGCGCCAGCCGGAACAGUGGCAUCCAAGGAAGGAUCGUCAACGUAUCGUCCGCGGGGCAUAUCAUGACCUACCCUGAAGGCAUAUGCUUCGACAAACUGCACGACCCUUCAGGCUUCAGCAGCUUCAUCGCUUAUGGCCAGUCCAAGCUUGCAAACAUCCUGCACUCAAAUGAGUUAUCCCGAAUUCUCAAGGAAGAAGGGGUGAACAUUUCAGCAAACACGGUCCAUCCCGGUGUCAUCGCGACAAGCCUCUUCAAGAAUAGGACUAUUGUCAACGCUCUGAUGAACACCGUUGGAGGAAUCAUAAGCAGAAGCGUUGAACAGGGUGCUGCAACGACAUGUUAUGUGGCGAUGCACCCUCAAGUGCAGGGGAUAACUGGUGGAUAUUUCGGCAACUGUAAUAUAGCCAAGCCAAGCUCGCAAGGAGUAGAUGGAGAGUUGGCGAAGGAGUUGUGGAAAUUUAGCUUGCAGAUAGUGUCUUCUUGAUGUGCCCGUUUCAGCUUAAAACAUUGUUUCGCAUAGGAAACUCUCUUUGAAGCUCGACCUCCAUGUAGCUCUUUUUGUUUAGAAAAGUCGAAAAUGGAAUUUACAAGUUUCAAAAGAGUAUGAAAAAAAUCUGAAUGUCAUAAGGAUGUAUUCUACUAUCAUGUAAAAUCUAAAUGAUAAAUCUUUAUAUUUUGGGAUACACAAAGUAUAAAUUGCAUUUUUGUUAU